CAGCCCUUAAUUGCCACCGUAGUCUUUCACCCAUCCUAAUCCUCUUUUAUCGUCGUCUUAUCCAUCUUACCCCCCUUCUAUCCCUCUUCAAUCCCACAACACUCGAUUAGAAACCAUUCACCCCCCACCCACCUCAGGACUAGUCGAAAUCACCCACCACUUAGAACGCAAAGCGCAUCAGCCAUGUCGAUCGAGCAGCAGAACGUGAUCGUCCGUCUCCAGGAGGUCGCUGCGGCUAUGAGCCGCUGCGCUGUCGCUAUAGAGGAGUCGGUGCGCGCCAACCCCGCCGCCGUCGCCUACGCACUCCAGCACCCAGCCAACAUGGGUUCGAUCGAGAACGGCGCCAUCCUCGCUCAGAGCCUCGCCGGGCUCGUCGCCGCGGACAGCGUCCCAACCACCAAGAAGCGCUCCCGCAAGGAGAAGAAGCCAAAGGACCCCAAGGCCCCCAAGCGCCCGCCCUCGGCUUAUCUCCUCUACCAGAACAGCGUGCGCGAGGGCAUCCGCGCCGCCAACCCCGGCAUGCCGUACAAGGACGUGCUGGGCGUCAUUGCCGAGCAGUGGAAGGCAUUGAACCCCGACGACCGCAAGGUGUACGAGAACGCGUACUCUCUCGCGACUGAGGACUUCCGCAAGCGGGACUCGGCGUACAAGAUCGACGGCACAAUCCUGCCCCCAACCCCGGGCAUCGCCACCUACGCGGAGGCUAAGGACGCGACUGAGUCUGAGGAGAGCUCAAGCGAGGAUGAGCCGCCCGCCCCCGUCGCGCCCACACCAAAGAAGGACAAGAAGCGCAAGGGCGAGGCAGAGGCCAAGACGCCUAAAAAGGCCAGCAAGAAGGGCAAGAAGGACUAGGCCAGCGAGCGAGUGGAGCGAGCCUCAAGUUGUACGGGGCACUGUGCAGAUCAGCCGCCGUGAGGUGGAUCAGAGGAGAUCCAUCUACCAGUCGUGUCAUUUAUUGUCGAUAAUUCGUCCCUUAGGAGUCUUCGUUUUUGUUGGAUUGUUGGUUUGAGCCAUGCAGAGAAGCUUGCUGGCGCGAAUGAUGUAUGCAUGCAAGAUGUGUGCGCAGUAAGAUGC